AUGGCACCAAAGAAGAAGGAGGAGGAGCAGAAGGUCCUGCUGGGAAGGCCCAAGAAUACCCUCAAAAUGGGAUUAGUCGGUUUGCCCAACGUUGGCAAAUCGACCACGUUCAACGUGCUGACGAAGCUGAACAUCCCCGCGGAGAACUACCCCUUCUGUACCAUCGAGCCGCACGAAGCGAAGGUGACGGUGGAAGACGAGCGGUUCGACUGGCUAGUGAGUCACUUCAAGCCAAAGAGCAACGUGCACGCAUAUCUCUCCAUCUUCGACAUUGCAGGUCUUGUAAAAAAUGCACACCUUGGAGAAGGCCUUGGAAAUAAUUUCCUCUCAAACAUAGCAGCAGUGGAUGGAAUAUAUCACGUCGUACGUGCAUUCGAAAAUGAAGACAUUAUACACACGGAGGGAAAUAUCAAUCCCGUAAGAGAUAUGGACAUAAUAAAUUCGGAGUUAAUUUACAAAGACAUAAGUCACUGUGAAAAAAAUUUAGAAGAAGUCACUAAGGUGUUAAAUCGAAAUAAGAAGGACAAAAUAAAGCAGAACGAACAUGACGUAUUAACAACAGUGUUGAGCUAUCUGAAGGAACAUAAAUGGAUUAAGGAUGGAAAUUGGAAGAGUUCAGAAGUUGAAGUAAUCAACGAGUUUAAUUUCUUGACUGCCAAACCUGUAGUUUAUUUGGUGAAUAUGAGUGAAUCAGAUUUUAUUCGACAGAAAAACAAAUAUUUGGCCAAAAUUUACAAUUGGGUACAGGAGAAGAACAAGGGGACCAUAAUUCCUUAUUGUGCAGACAUGGAGUUGAAGUUGCUAUCCAUGAGUGAGGAUGAGAAAAAAAAAUAUUUUGAAGAAAACAACAUAAAGCAGAGUAUGUUGAGUAAGAUAGUAAAAACUGGAUACUAUGAAAUUAAUUUGAUUCAUUUUUUUACCUGUGGGCCUGAUGAAGUUAAGUGUUGGACGAUACGGAAGGGGACGAAGGCUCCGCAGGCUGCUGGGGUCAUUCACACCGACUUUGAGAAGGGCUUCAUUUGCGCGGAGGUGUACAAGUACACGGACCUGGUGGAGUUCAAGUCGGAGGGAGAGGUCAAGGCCAACGGCAAGUAUUUGCAGAAGGGCAAGGACUACGUCGUGGAGGACGGCGACAUCGUCUUCUUCAAGUUUAACGUGUCGUCCUCGGGGAAGAAGUAG